AUGGCUUCUUCUCAAGCAUCAAAUACAUCUACAAAUGAUGAAGAUGAUCAAGUUACUAUUGAAGAUAUUGAACAAUUAUGUAAUCAAAUGUCAAAAUAUGAACCAUCUUUUCGUAUAUCUCUUAUUCAAUAUCAUUUGAAACGAUUAGGUAUUUCAUAUAAUGAUGAACGUCUUGUUAAAUUACUUACAUUAUCAUAUGAAACUAUGAUUCGUUCAAUUGUUUCUGAUUGUGCACAUGUAAAUAAAGAUAAUCAUACAUCAUCAAAAACACUUACAAGUGAAUUAUUGAAUCAAACAUUACUUAAUACCACAACAACAACAGCAACGGAUAAUAAUAAUGAAACAAUAACAAAUACUCAACAAAGUACAAAUAGUACAUUAGAUUUAAAUGAUUUCUUUGAUUAG